CUAGGUCAUAGCGGUGUGAACCAGCUAGGGGGUGUUUUUGUCGGCGGACGUCCAUUGCCAGAUUCCACUCGGCAGAAGAUUGUGGAGUUAGCACAUUCCGGAGCUCGACCUUGUGACAUCUCAAGAAUUCUGCAGGUCUCCAACGGUUGCGUCUCCAAAAUUCUUGGAAGGUAUUAUGAAACCGGGUCUAUUCGACCACGAGCAAUCGGAGGCUCGAAACCACGAGUUGCCACCGCAGAAGUGGUGGCGAAAAUAUCCGCUUUCAAGCGGGAAUGUCCUUCCAUAUUUGCCUGGGAAAUUAGAGAUAGACUUCUUCAAGAUGGUGUCUGCACAAACGACAACAUUCCUAGUGUAUCGUCAAUAAACAGGGUGCUACGUAACUUAGCUGCACAAAAGGAACAGUCCGCGCAACAGCAACCUCCCGUAGCGUCCACCGCGGAUAUCGUUUACGACAAACUUAGAAUGUUGAAUGGUAGCCAGGGAAGCUGGAGAUCGACGCCCUGGUAUCCAUCGGGAAGCAAUCCGUUUCCACUCCAACCGCUCAGUCCGCCAUCCACAAUACUCUCGGAUGACCUUAACUGCAAGAAAGUGCAUCCGAAAACCGAGAAGCCGGGAGCACUGCUCCAAUAA